AUGCGCUUGCCGUCGCCGGUGCUACAGGUCGCCGUUCAGGAUGAGACCAGUGAUGAUGCUAUGCAGAUGGCGUCGAUGGGCAAUGGAUAUGAAGUGUUCUUGAGUUUUAGUAGAGGCAAAGAGACUCCAGAAUCUUUCCCUUCCCGUCUCUAUUCAUCUCUGACCAAAAAAGGAUAUUCUGUUUUCAAAAAUGAAAUAUCAAUUGAACUAUUGCAAAGUGUUCGAUGUCCUAAACUUUUCAUCAUCAUCUUCUCUAAAGACUAUGUUAGUUCUAUAAUGUGCCUCGAGGAACUCACAAAAAUCAUGAAGUUUCGCAUGCCAUAUGGUCAUGCAGUUUUUCCCAUAUUCUAUGAUGUGAGUCACUCUGAAGUUUGUAAUCAAGGAUCAUUUCAAGGUCGCAUGCAAAAUGUUUCACCCACUGAAGAGGAAGAUUCAAGGUGGGGGAGAGCUCUCCAUGAAGCUGCAAGAAUCAAAGUUAGGAUUGAUGCGUCUGCUCACCUCAGCUCUCUACAUGAUGAGGAUGGUAUUGAGCCUACUAUCGAUCUUGUUGAUUAUUUAUUGAAGCCUUUGUAUAAGCAUAAGAUGUUCCCUGUUGGAGUGGAUUCUCGUGCUGAGGAUGUGAUUACAAUGCUUCAUAACCAUAGAUCAAAACAUGUUGUCUUCAUAGGCAUAUGGGGAAUGAGGGGUAUAGGCAAAACAACUAUUGCCAAAGCCAUCUUUAACCACAUUCAGUGCGCAUUUGAGAGUACAUGUUUUCUUCCAAAUGUCAGGGAACAAUUGGAGGGGAAAGUCGACCUUGUUUCAGCAAUAUGUGAAGUAACAGGUAUAAGAAUAGAUAGGACUGAAUUAGGAAGCCUCGACUUGAAUGAAAGGCCUUGCCAUAAGAAGGUACUUCUUGUGCUUGACGAUGUGAAUCAGUUGGAGCAACUAAAUACUUUAUGUAGAAGUCGCGAACAGUUUGGUGAAGGGAGUAUAAUAAUCAUUACAACUGGCGAUUUACAUCUACUUAAUGCCUUUCAAGUGGAUUAUAUAUAUCGCAUGAAACUUUUGAGCAACCAAGAGUCUCUUGAACUUCUCAGUUGGCACUCAUUUCAACAAGCAUACCCUAAAGAAGAGUUCAUCGAUAUUUGCAAAGAAGUGAUUGCUUAUGCUGAGGGACUGCCACUGGCUCUUAUUACAAACAUUGCCUCUAUUUUGGAUGACGAGGAAUUGGAUCAAUGGGAAUCCAUAGUGUGGAAAAUGGAAGGAGUUAUAGACAAACUAAGUUCUAGCUUUGACUAUUUAAAUGCUGAAGAGAAAGAAAUAUUUCUAAAUAUAGUUUUAUUUUAUAUUGGGAGGGACAUCGAUGAUGUGACCCAAAAGCUGAAUGCCCAUGGAAGUAAUGCUCAUAUUAGGAUAGAAGUCCUAAAGGAGCGAGGACUUGUAACCAUUGAUAACAGCAACAAACUUAGAAUGCAUAAUCUAUUGCAGGUCAUGGGAAGGCAAGUAAUCCGUAGGACUUUACGAAGUGAGCUUGGAAAUCCAGCUUACAGGUAUGAGGUGUUCUUGAGUUUUAGAGGUGACACUCGGAAAAAUUUUACUUCACACCUCUAUGCGGCUCUUUAUAAUGCUGGCAUAACUAUUUUCAAAGAUGAUGUUGAGCUUCCCACAGGAAACUAUAUCAAAACGGAACUCUUGCAAGCAAUUGGAAAUUCAAAAAUCUCAAUCAUCAUCUUCUCUAGUGAAUAUGCUGGAUCUAAAUGGUGUUUGGAGGAAUUGUCAAUGAUCAUGGGGCUUCGUAAAUGGAAUGACCGAGUGGUUCUGCCUGUGUUUUACCAUGUUGAUCCAUCAGAAAUUCGUCAUCAAACUUCCAAUUUUGGAGAAGCAUUUCAAGAUCUUAUGCAAAAAAUUUCCCGAUUAAAAAAUCAAAUUCCAGCAUUAAAAUAUCAAGUUUUGGAUUGGAGGAAUGCGCUUACUGAGGCUGGGAGCCUUGCGGGGACAGUUGUACUUAGUUCCAGGGACGAGAGUGAAUAUGUUAAAGAUGUCGUUAGGCAAGUUUGUGAUAUAUUGGACAAGAAAGACUUGUUUGUCGCUGAACACCCAGUAGGAGUGGAUAAUCGCGUGGAAGAAGUGAUCACAAUGUUGAAAAACCAUCCGUCUGAAGAUGUUGCCGUGGUAGGGAUAUGGGGAAUGGGUGGUGUAGGCAAAACAACUAUUGCUAAAGCCAUUUAUAAUCAAAUGGGUCCCACUUUUGAGGGCAGAAGUUGCCUUUUAAACAUCAGAGAAGGAUGGGGUCAAGAAGAGAAGAAAGUGUGCUUACAGAACCAACUUCUUUCAGAAAUAUGCAAGACAACGCAAAUGAAGAUAAAUAGUAUCGAAGCAGGAAUAAUCACAUUAAGGGAUAGACUUCGCCAUAAAAAGGCACUGGUUGUACUUGAUGAUGUGGAUGAGUUAGAUCAGCUGAAUGCCCUAGUUGGAAGUCGUGACUGGUUUGCUCAAGGAAGUAGAAUAAUCAUUACAACAAGAAAUAAACGUCUACUCCAUAAAAUGGGUUGUCUUGUUUACUCAAUGAAAAAUUUGGAUGAUAAGGAAUCUAUUGAGCUUUUUAGUUGGUAUGCAUUCAAGCAAAAAAGUCCUAAAAACGAUUUCAUUGAGCUUUCAAAAAAAAUAGUUGCAUACUCUGGGAGACUUCCAUUAGCUCUUGAAGUCCUUGGAUCUUAUUUAUUUAAUAGUGACGACACGAAGGAAUGGAAUGAAGUAUUGGAGAAACUCAUAGAAAUUCCCAAUGACAAGAUACAAAAGAAGCUAAAAAUAAGCUUUGAUGAUUUAGAUGGUUUGGAGAAAAAAAUAUUCCUUGAUAUAUGUUGCUUCUUUAUUGGGAUGGAUAGAAAUGAAGUGACACAAAUAUUAAAUGGCUGCAAAUUCUUUGCUGACAUUGGAAUCAAAACCCUUGUGGAGCGAAGCCUUAUAACCAUUGAUGAGAAGAACAAGCUUGGUAUGCAUGAUUUGCUGCGUGACAUGGGAAGAGAAAUAAUUCGUGAACACUCUCAAGAUGAGCUUGGAAAGAGAAGUAGGCUGUGGUUUCAUGAGGAUGCACUAGCUGUGUUAUUAAAACACAAGGGAACAAAGGCUAUUGAAGGACUAUCUUUGAUGUCAAAAGGUGGAACAAUGCAUUUGCUUCAGAUAGAAGCAUUUGAGAAGAUGAAGAGACUCAGAUUACUUCGUCUUGACAAUGUACAACUUAAAGGAGAUUACAAAUACAUCAGUAAAGAUCUCAAAUGGCUUUGCUGGCAUCAUUUUCCUAUGAAAUACAUUCCUAGCGACCUUUAUCAAGAGGAUUUAGUUGUUAUAGACUUAAAGCAUAGUAGUCUCCGACAAGUGUGGAAGGAAUCCCGGUUAUUGGAGAGUUUGAAAAUCCUCAAUCUCAGCCACUCUCCUCACUUGGUGCAAACACCUGAUUUUUUGAAACUACCAAAUCUUGAAGAGUUAAUCCUCAAAGAUUGUCCAAGUUUGGACACGAUACAUCAUUCUAUUGGGCUUCAUCAUAAACUUCUUCUGCUAAAUUUGGAGAAUUGUAUUGGCCUUCAUAGUCUUCCAAGAAAUAUUUAUAAAUUAAAAUGCUUGAAAACUCUCAUUCUUUCUGGUUGUAAGAAUAUUGAAAAGCUUGAGGAGGACAUAGAGCAAAUGGAAUCUUUGACAACUCUAGAUGCUCCUGCAUUAAAACAAGUGCCCUAUUCUUUGGUGAGAUUGAGAAGCAUUUUAUAUCUAUCUGUUUGUGGUCAUGAAGGAUUAUCAAAUCAUGUGAUUCCUUCUCUCUACCGGUCCUGGAUGUCCCCAACAAAUAAUCCACUACCUCUUAUUCCAUCACAUGUGAGCAUGCCAUCACCAAUUUUGUGGGAUAUGCUAUACAGUAUCCAUAGUCCUUCAACAAUCCCAAGUACUGUACCAAAGCACCAAAGUCAUUUGUUGGAAGAUGGAUUGGAGAUUUCUGAUUCAUUGUGUGCCACAAAUUGUAUGGACAUCUCAAUACUUAAGAAUUGCUUGGAACAUCUUUUAAUUAACAUCGGAAAGAAUUCUCAAGUCUUUUGUACACUGUCAAAGAAGAUUUCACAGGGAUUGAAUCUUACAGAGUAUGGUGAUGACUGUAUUCUUCCUGGUGAUAAUUACCCCUAUUGGCUAACAUUCAAAGGUGAAGGAACUUCUGUAAAAUUUAAAGUGCCUCCAGUUACUGGUCAUGAUCAUUUAAAAGGGAUGACUAUUUGUUGUGCAUAUAUCCCCUCCAAAGAUUUGGAUAACAAGGCAUGUGAAUCUUGGAUACUUUACUUAAUGAUCAUAAAUUAUACAAAGGCAACCACUUUGCCCUACAGAGGAGACGAACUGAAAUCCUUGAAAGAAGCAGAGAUGAAAGAAAUAAUAUCAAAUCUGGAAGCUGAUGACCAAGUAGAAGUGAAAGCAGUUUUUGGGAAUGGAUUCACUGUGAAGAAAACAGCGGUCUACUUGAUAUACAAUGAAUCAAUUGAUAAAAAGAUGGAGCCUUCAACAUCUGAAGCUGUAAAUUUAACUGGCACCAAACACAGUUGUGAGGAGGAGUGCAAGGCACACCAAUCUACCAGACCUAGAAAGGCAAUGAAGAUUUGA